AUGGCUCUCCCUCCCAAGUGGUAUCAGUUCCUCGUGAGCGUCUUCGCAUCGCUCGGUUCUCUCAACUACGGUUACGAUUUAGGUGUUAUUGCAUCCGCAAUUGCUUCGCAGUCGUUCAAGACCAAAUUCGGGGAUGACCCUAAGGAAAUUGGUGCCGUUGUGUCAUGUUUCACCGGAGGAGCUUUCAUCGGCGCCGGCUGCGCCGGUCCGGCCGGUGAUAAGCUCGGCCGUAAGAUGACUAUUCUCAUCGGUGGUGCCAUCUUCGUUCUCGGCGGUGCUUUCCAGGCCGCUGCCCAAAAUCUCGGUUAUCUCUAUGCUGGCCGUGCUCUGGCUGGUGUCGGUAUCGGUUUCUUGACCAUGAUCAUUCCCCUCUACCAGGCCGAGCUUUGCCACCCCAGUAUCCGUGGACGAGUCACAGCUUUGCAACAGUUCAUGCUUGGAGUUGGUGCUCUGGCUGCUGCUUGGAUCUCAUACGGGACGUACAUCGGGUUUGCACCUACGGAUAACAACCAAUGGCGCGUCAGUCUUGGCAUCCAAUGUAUCCCUGGUGGUAUUCUGGCCCUGCUGAUCUUAUUCUUCCCCGAGUCACCUCGUUGGCUCAUCGAUCACGGCCGUGUGGACGAGGGUCUCCAGACUUUGGCCAAGCUGCACGCUCAUGGUGAUGUAAACGAUGCCUGGGUCCGCGCCGAGUUUGACCAGAUUCAAGAGUCCAUUGCCACUGAGCAUGAGGGAUCAGCCAAGUCGUACAAGGAACUGUUUACUGACAAGUCUUGCUUCCGUCGCCUGUUCCUAGCUUGCGCUCUUCAAGCAUCGAUUCAAAUGACUGGUGUUAGUGCCAUCCAAUACUAUUCGGUCGCGAUUUACGAGAAGAUUGGAAUUGCCGGUGACGAGACCCUCCGCUACCAGGCCAUAUCAUCUGUCAUUGCCCUCGUCGCUCAAUUCCUCUGUAUGAUGCUUGUCGACAGGACCGGUCGCCGAUGGCCUCUGAUCUUCGGUAAUCUUGGCAAUUGCAUCACCUUCAUCAUCGCCACAAUCCUACUAGCCAAGUUUCCCCCUGGUUCUGAACAUGCUACUGGAGGUGCCGCCUGGGGAUUCAUUGCCAUGACCUGGCUGUACAACUUCAGCUUCAGUGCUACUUGUGGACCCCUUUCUUGGAUCAUCCCUGCCGAGAUCUUCGACAUGAAGACUCGCUCCAAGGGUGUCUCGAUCGCUACCAUGACCUCCUUUGCUUUCAACACUCUUAUUGGGCAGACCACCUCAGUGGCGCUGGACGACAAGAGCGGCAUCGGCUGGCGGUGGUACAUUCUCUUCAUUGUAUGCAAUUUUACGAACGCUGUUUUCUUCUGGUGCUUUCUCCCUGAGACCGCGAAACGUCCUUUGGAGGAGAUGAGAUACCUUUUCACGGAAGCUCCUCUCUUUGUUCCUACCAUGGAUCGCAGCACCGUCGAGACUCACGAUCUCGAACGCAGAGUUGAAGCUGUUGAGCAGAAGCAGGCCCACGAAACGGAGCAUAUUUAA